AAAUUUUGUUUCUUUCUUAAUUAUUUAUGCACUGGAGAAAUGAAUACUUUCUUCAGGGGGAGCACUGGGCCUAAAUUCCUUCGACAUCUUUCUAGAACAAGAGAAAGUGCUCUCCUGAUCGUGAAGAUAGAGAUUAAGAAGGAGUUUUAUUCAUGAAUGGUUUAAGAAAUGUUUUUGUCCAGAUGUUUUGUGUGAAGGCAUCCAGUUCCGCACUUACGGCAAAUCCUGCUUCUAGCAGAAAGGACUCACAAGGCUCCUGUUGGAUGGAAGCAGCACUGGGUUUUUAUUCAGUGGAGGGUAUGAUUAUUUAAAGAGAUGCUGCAUUCCACAGACGUUUCUGAAGACCACAACAAAGGCCAUCUGUGGAAAAGAGGGAAAAAAUGAAAUACCUAUCCUUAAUAUUUUUCAUGAGUUUAUUACCACAAUAUGCUGGCAAGUCUCUGAGCGGAGAUGGCAGUCACCCAAAAACAUUUGAAGAUAUUAAAAAUGAGAUAGCCGGCUAUUCUGAUAUUGCUAAAGCUAUUAUUGAUCUUGCUGUUCACGGAAAAGCUCAGAACAGAUCCUACGAAAGGUUAGCGGUUUUCACUGAUACCGUAGGACCUAGACUCAGCGGUUCGAAAAAUCUAGAUGCAGCCAUCAAGUAUAUGUUCAGUGCCCUGCAGAAAGACGGGCUGGAAAAUGUGCACCUGGAGCCUGUGAAAGUGCCUCACUGGGAAAGAGGAGAAGAGCUUGCCAUGAUGCUGGAACCGAGGAAUCACAGCAUCGCUAUUCUGGGACUCGGGAGCAGUGUUGCAACUCCUCCAGAAGGAAUUACAGCGGAAGUUAUAGUGGUAGCCUCUUUUGAUGAACUGCACAGAAGAGCUCAAGAGGCCAAGGGGAAGAUUGUUGUCUACAACCAGCCUUUCGUCAGUUAUGGUGAAACUGUGCGGUACAGAUCGCAGGGAGCUGUGGAAGCUGCAAAAGUCGGAGCAGUGGCAUCCCUCAUUAGAUCCAUUGCUUCUUUUUCUAUCGAUAGCCCACAUACCGGGUGGCAGAAUUAUCAGUCUGGCAUACCCCGGAUUCCCACUGCUUGCAUCUCUGUGGAAGAUGCUGAAAUGAUGUCACGAAUGUCUUUGCGGGGCACUAAGAUUGUUGUGUACCUGAAGAUGGGGGCCAGGACAUAUCCAGACUCUCCCUCCUUUAACACUGUGGCAGAGAUAGUUGGAAACAAGUACCCAGAGCAGAUUGUAUUGGUCAGUGGACAUCUGGACAGCUGGGAUGUUGGGCAGGGAGCUAUGGAUGACGGUGGUGGAGCAUUUAUAUCAUGGGAAGCAUUAUCACUCAUUAAGGAUCUGGGACUUCGUCCAAAAAGAACUCUGCGCAUGGUGCUAUGGACAGGAGAAGAACAAGGAGGAGUAGGUGCUGAGCAAUACUACCAGUUGCACAAGGAAAAUAUCUCCAACUUCGAUAUCGUCAUGGAGUCUGAUGAGGGCACCUUCAAGCCAUCUGGGCUGGCUUUUACUGGAAAUGCUAAAGCUCGUGACAUCAUCAAAGAGAUCAUGGCUCUGCUGCUGCCUAUCAACAUUACAGAUGUUUUCGACAACGCAGAUGGAACAGACAUCGAUUACUGGAUGAGGGACGGGGUGCCCGGUGCCAGCUUGCGUGAUGACCUCAGUAAAUACUUCUGGUUUCAUCAUUCUCAAGGGGACACGAUGACAGUUCAGGAUCCAAACCAGAUGAAUCUCUGUGCUGCUGUUUGGACUGUUGUCUCCUAUGUAAUUGCUGACAUGGAAGAGAUGUUGCCAAGCUCCAACCACAUCUGGUGUUCUGAGAACCUGAAGGGUGAGAGACCAGCACCUGGAGUCAGGAGAGGCCUGAGAUGUCAGAGGAUGUGGAGAUCUAAGACACCCUCUGAACAAACUUGGGAGGAGUCAGUGAGACUCAAAAGGAGCAUUAAACAAAUAAUAAACUUCUUACGACUAAGGAGGAUUAGAGUCAAAUGCUCAAACAAAGGACAGCAGGGACUUAAGCAAAAUUAUAUUUUCCAUUUGUCUUUCUACAGCAAACCCCAGGGCAACAAUCUCAGACUGCACAUUUUGUAACUUUAAAAGAGCCUCAGCAGUUUUAUUUCAUCUCAAGCAUGGUGGAAGCAAAACUUGUGAAAAGGGACCCAGACAAAGCUAUUGAAGUUCAGUUCAAUCACGUGCUUUGGAGGAAAGCUGUGUGAUACAAAAGGAAACGUUCUCAAAAUCAUCUAAAAAGUGACUCUGGAGUCCAACACCAUGCUGGGGACCUGUCCUUUACAGCCAUUUUGGAGCUUUUGGAAAUGUUAACCAUCCAAUUUUGUGUGGAUAUUUCUCCAUCACUCAGGACUAGGAGAUAUUAAAGGAAAAGUGAGAAGAUUGCUUUCACAAAGCUCUCCCAAAGAUGAAUUCAGCCUCAGAAGCAGGAAGCAGCCAAGGAUAUACCUUUCACCUAGAGAGGAGGAAGGUAUCAUCCCAAACUGAACCUCCAGGCUGCCUGCAAGCAUGUGCUUUCUGCAAAAGUCAACCUGAACCUUAUUCUCAAAGGAAUUCAGCUGCUAUCGGAAAUCCCACACCAGCUCAGGAAGGACAUUCCUAAAUUAAUACAAUUUUAAGAACUUCCAGCUUCAACAAGUUACUGGUGGUGAAUUGAUAUAAUAGCAUGAAUAACAUUGAAAGCUGAAGAGCUUUCAAUUACCAUACAUAUGCCAACAGAAAGAAUGAAAACUAUGAAUUGUAUGUGGGAAAGCUGAACUGGGAUGAGUCAACAAUGGGUUGACAAAAUGUAUAUUUGUAGCAGGGAUUCACACCCCUCUGUUUGCUACUGCUGGGUCUGCUUUUUGCCAUUCCUCACACCGCCCCUGUCUUUUCCUUGCAUGUUCCUGCCUGGCCAAGAGAAGUUCAAGGGCAACUGCUUAAUGGUACAAAAGGGAAUGAAGGAAGUGGAGAAGGAGUUUGAAUGUGGCUGAUCCUGCCAAAAGGAUGAGCUGCGUUCUGGAAAAAAAAAAAAAAAAAAAAAAAGGUGCAGAGUCACCAGCCAAAGAAAGAGAUGGAGGAGAUGUCUUCUUCAUCCUUUUGGCAUACAGGCUGUCUUAAUGCUUUCCUGCCUUCCUUUGCAUAAUGGCACCGGAAACCUGUAACGUAUUUACUGCCAUUGGAAAUGCUGAGCCUGAGCACUGGGGAUGUGUGGGACAAUGGAGACACCACAGAGCUGAAGCUGUGAAUGCUGACACUGAAUGAGUUGCCAAAGCUUGCCAUGAAUAAUGUAAGAAUAGCUCCAACCCUUUUCCUGCCCGAGCGGGUAGGUUUGAAUGAAUUCAGUGCUAAUGUGCUCUCUGACAGCAUAUGCUGCCAACUGUAUUUUCAUGGGGUAUAGUGGGAAAACUUAAAAUCAGCCAUCAGAGCUAAACUGCUCCCCAUUUCUCUGCAAGAUUGUUACUGCUGAGCAUAAAUAUGCAUAUGAUAAAAAUGGUCAUUUUUUCUGAGCAGAAUGACUGCAGGUAGCUUACAAUCAGUGCUGGAUGCUGGUAGUGCAGUGAGAACUUUCCCUGCAUCUCCCCUGCUGGCAUCUCCCAAUAGAAACUGUAUUCAAACCCACUUCUGCAAACAAAUUGCUGUCACUCUGUGAGCAGCACUUUUGCUGGUGCUUUCAGAACGUGCUGUGGCAUGCUGUCAUCUCUGUGGAAAUACACAGAAAGGGGCUGGUGUGCCUCUAUCACUCUGCCCUUUUCACUGGAAAUAAGUGGAAAAUUGACAAAAAAAUAAAUAUAUAUGGAGAAAUCAAGAUUAAAGAAGGUACUCCAGGUGUCAUAGUUUGGCAGAACAAUGCUUUGAGUAAUUGGUGUAACUAGAAUCGGCCAACUGCUCCCAGACCAAAGGAAUCCCAUUCUGGCCAUGCAGGGGGUCAGCCGUAUUCAUGCAGUGAAAUCCGGGCAUGCUGCUUUCAGGGGCGCAUACAAUGGUGCAUGGAGGGAAGAUUAGCACUGGAGGGAAGAAGUGGUGCUGUUCCUCAUGGGAAGCUCUCAUUUCUCAGUGUUUUCCAGACAGAUUGAGGAGGGUUGGACAGAAUUCAGCUCAUUGCUCUUCUUGGUGGCUAAACAUUAUUGCAAAACCUGAUUGGUUCAUACAGUUCAAACCAAAUCAAGGUUGGAGUGGUGUGUUAAUUUAUUAAUGAUACAUAAUGAACUGGAAAUCACUGAACUACAUAUCCAGGACUGGUAUCAGCAAUACAACAGAUAACCACAGUGCCAGCCACUUACAAAGUGCAACUACAUCCAAUGACAAAUUUCCAGCCCUCCUUCUGCAACUGAUCCCAACACGCCCUAGGUACACACACAGACCUGUGAUGGUGGAGGUAAGGUCAGUUUUUCGCAUGACAUCUUGCAAACUGAUUUCCUAGUUAGCACAGGUACACCACCACUAAGAAGACCCAGGACCACUUUAGGUUUGGGUUCUUGAACAUUGCAAUAGAAGUGGAAAGGUUUAAUAAAUGACCUGCCAAGGAAAACUCCAAGGGCUGCUUCAUGCACUUGCAAUAACUCCUCCAGCCUUGAAGGGGAAGACCCCUCCUCUUUGUUCUUUGUGUUUUUUGUUGUUAUUGUUGUUUUGGUCCUACCCUUAAAGAAGGUGCUCUCUCCCAGAGAAACAUGUUACACCAACCUACUGCUGAAGUUUAAAAAGCAUCUAUGUCUGCCUGACCCUCCAACCCCAUUACUGCAGUAUGACAACUUGGAAGGAGUUUGCUCAUCAAGAAGACAGCAUAGGGCAGUAGACAGUCGUGUGUCAGAACGUGCUGUGACACUUUUGCUGUGUGUUGGUAUAACAGGCUUCUGGGAAAUCACCUUUUUAAUCAUCUGUAGCAGUCUUAGGAAAGCAUCAGGUUUCUCUGAGGGCGUGAAGAAGCAAAGAGCUCUGACCUGCACACAAAGUCAAGAACAUUGAUGUUUGAGAGACUGUGAACUGAUCUGACACACAUAAAUAAAAUACCUUUCAUCAU